AGGUCGGCCGCGGCGAAAAAAAACAACUUCAAGACUGCUAACGGAUGGCUAGCAGUCAAAAAUAUAUUAAUUCAAGUAAACGUUGAACGUCAGAGGUCCCUGCGUUUCCACACGACGGUGGAGAUAAAACUGGCAGCAUUUUCUACUCUUGUCGGACAAGUUGCAGUAAUGUCGGACGUUGAACCGCUGAGAUUCCCAUCAACGGAAGGACGAACUAGUAAGCAAGAUCAAGCAGAUCUUCAAGCUGUCUGCUCUGGUAGACGUCGCACUUGUGCUUUGCUCAACAGUCCCUCACCAUGUGUCAACAAUGCUAUUUGCCAUAUCCAAGAGCUGAAGAUGACAGUGGAAAAUUGGUCUCAUCAGUCUGGAAAAUAUCAGAAAAAGAUCAAUCAAGACAAGCACCAAUACAGCAAAACUUUAAGAUUUCAGUCAAGAGAAUCAGAUUGGGAUUCAGUGUUCGUCGAAGGCAUCGCAAUUAGUGCAAGAGUUUUUCAUCCUCUAGAAAGUUGUCCUUUAUCGCCACUAGAGAAGAAAAUAAAUGAUGUCCUUGGAGAGGUUGUGUAUCUGAUUGAGCGGCUGGAGGCUGAUCGUCAGUAUGCAGAGGAAGCUCUCCACAAAGAGAGGAGAAGAAGAAGAUUUUUGGAGAACAAAGUUGACAGUAUUUCUUUGUGGAAGCAACAAGAGCACUCUUUUGUCGUCCAGAAAGAGCAUGAGGCUUGCAUCAGAGACAUCACUGAACUGAGGUGGCAGCUAAAACAAGAAAGAGAGAAACUUGACCAAGCCCAGGAGAAACUGUCACAAACUGAGGUGUUGAAUCAGAGCGUACACGAAGACAUCAACUUUGCCAGAAAACAAAUUCCCAAAGUGAAAGAAAAUUUGGAGAUCCAGAGAGACAUCAUAAAUCAAAUCAACACUGCACAAGCUGAGGCUGAUGAGAUCUGUUCAAAAACACAAAGUGAUCUUAAACUGGCUCAGACAGAGUUAAAAAGGAUGGAGCUGGAUGCCAAAAAAGAAAAGAUUUUACAAGAUCAUGAGCUGUCUGGGAUGAAGAAUCAGCUGGCUAACAGAUUGGAAGAUUUAAACCAGCUGAAGAUGCUUGAGAAAGGUCUGUGUGCUGAAAUAAAGGAUGCUGAAAAGACGGUUGCACUUACAGACGAGCAGUGUGCAGCCAUAACACAACGUAUCCCUGAACUGAUGGAGCUCGAGAAAACUGAAAAAGACUGUAUUUUGCAAUUGAAAUUUCAAGUUGAGGAAGAAAUGCAAAACAAUCAGAAAAUAAAAGAGAAACUAAUUGCACUGCAGCAACAAAUUGAGAAAACGAGACUUCAUGGGGAAGCAGAGGUUUCCUGCCUAGAAGAGCAGUUCAAUUCAAAGCGUAGUGCUUUUGCAGCUCUUCGUAAAGAGAACAUGGAAUAUGAACAGAAUGUUGAUGACUACAAAAUAAAAAUUUCCGAGAGUAAGAAGGCAGUGAAGCAGAUGCUUGAGGAGAAAAAGCAGAUGCUCCAGAAAAUCAUUGACAAUGACGAGCAGUGGGAAAAGGCCGAGGAGGAAGUGACCCAAGUUGUUGCCCAGCACAGUGUCACCCAGACUAAACUGGAGGAGCAGGAGCAGCUCACCUUCAUGGAAGAACAGAGGACCAGGAAAGAGAUUGAAAACUUGAAGAAAGAUCUGACAGGUCAGACGGCUGCCCUGGAACGAAUGAAGUCUCAGUGUGCAAAUAAAAACGAAGAAUUGCAUCAACAGCAAAGGAGCUCAGAGCUAAUUAACCAAAAACUUCAGAAAGAAUUUGAAGAUGUAUGCAAAGAAACCAACGAACUGGCAACAAAAAUUGAGAAAAUCAAGGUACUGACAGAAAAUUUGGAAAAGAUUCAGUGUGAACACAGGAACACAUUAGUCAACCUUGAGAAGGAGAAAAAACUCAAAUGUGAGCACCUGAAAGCUGCUCAGGAUUUACACGCUGCCACUGUGAAAAGAUACGACAGCACCCUGGGCAGGAUUAGUGACCUUACGAAGAAGAGCGAAGAAUACCGAGAUGCUUCAGAUAAAAUGGAAAAAGCAGUUGAAAGCAUGCCAGAAGUCAUUGUAGCACUACAAAGUGUUUUUGAUGUGGUGGAAUUCAAAAACAAAUCAGCUGCUCUCGUAAUGAGCACCUUGCAGUCUGAUAUUAAUAACUGCCGACAACGAACACAGCGAUCCAUGCAGACACACACUGCUCAUGUUACAGCGAGAAAAAAGGAAAUGGAAGACACCAAGGAAGCACUAAAAGUUGCACUAAAGGAGAACCAACAGAUGGCAAACGAGUAUGAAGGUCUUAAGAAGAUCCUCAUGGAGGCCAAACAAGAGGAAGUAUCUGCACUGAGCGAGAAGAACCAUGCACAUAAAUCUUUUCAUUAUUACACACAGCUCUCUUUGUUGCAGAAGAGGAUGCACAAAGAUUUGGUGAAAUACUUUGAACAACGCAGCCUCUACAGCCAGGCUGAACUGGACCGGUGCCAGGCUCUUUCUCAAGAGACCGACCAGAAAAUAAAAACAGCUCAGGAGGGGUUGUCAACAGAAAUUCGGCUCAUCUCUGCGUUCCUGCAGUCCCUCACAGAUGACUCUUCUGCCACGGAUGAUGUCGGGGUCAACAAACAAGCUGGUCUAGGAUCGAAUGAGUAGAUGCCUUCAGUUCAAAUAGCAGAGUAAUUGGACAUUCACCUGUACCAGACAACUUACUUACCCUAGCACGCUUCACUAUUCCCCCCUCUUUACUUGCAGCAAAUCCAUAACAAUGAAACAGGUGACUUUCAUGCUGCUGUCAGGACUGAUCUAAUUUUAGCUGGGUGAAUGAUUGCAAUUGGCUUUGCCUCAUCAGAUAAUUAAUCUAUGUCACCAUUAAUUGGAAAAGAGAAUAAUUACAGGCAGUGUUGACAGAAAUUCUACGCUUCUCCAGAUUCCAAGAUCUAAUUACAACUAGUGAAACCCCGUGACCUUAACUAGCACUUAGUACACCUUGGCCACCUUGACCAUGCCCAUGUAGAGACCACUGUCUCUUGAAAAGACCCUGUUUUUGUUGCCGCUCCCCACACUCCUCCGCUCUCCUCACUCUCUGAGAGCUGUCUCCCUCAAUCACUUUUCAAUAUUCAAUCUUAAUUUUGUGGAAGUUUAGCAUUUUCAAUGAGCUGGAGAUGAAUGAUUAAUGAAUAAAUUUAAAU